AUGUCGAGGAGGGCGGUGCGCAAGCACGCCGUCUGCGCGUCCGCGAAAAAACAGAGCCAUGACUUGGCCGUCCAGCUGGCAACCAGCCUACCAGCUGCCUCCCUCGCGGCACUCUUUGUCAGCGUGGGCCAGCUCAACGCCGCUCUGGCCGCAGACUACGCUCCCCCCCAGCAGACCGCCUCAGAAGUGAUCCAGCAGCAACGGCAGGGGGGUGGCAUCCGCGCCUUCGAUGCGCCUUUGCCUGGGCCUGACUACCGGCUGCCAGAGGGCAACCAGUGGCGGUACUCGGAGUUCGUGGGUGCCGUCCAGGCAGGCAAGGUGGAGCGUGUGCGGUUCAGCAAGGACGGCACUUCCCUGCAGGCCACGGCCGUGGAUGGACGUAGGGCCGUGGUUGUGCUACCCAACGACCCUGAUCUCGUGGACAUCCUUGCAAAGAAUGGUGUCGACAUCUCGGUGGCUGAGGGAGAGCAGGAAGGCAACUUUGUGGCACUGCUUGGCAACCUCUUGUUUCCUCUGCUAGCCCUGGGCGGCCUCUUCUUGUUGUUCAGGAGGGGUGGAGCUGAGGGUGGUGGGCCCCUGGGCCCUGGAAAUCCCAUGGACUUCGGCCGGAACAAGUCCAAGUUUCAGGAGGUCCCGGAUACAGGCAUCAAAUUUGGAGACGUUGCAGGCGUCGAUGGUGCUAAGCUGGAGCUGCAGGAGGUGGUCGACUUUCUGAAGAACCCGGACAAGUACACAGACCUGGGGGCCAAGAUUCCCAAGGGUGUACUGCUGGUGGGCCCGCCUGGGACGGGCAAGACCCUGCUGGCAAAGGCGGUAGCUGGAGAGGCCGGUGUGCCCUUCUUCUCAUGUGCGGCGUCCGAGUUCGUGGAGCUGUUUGUGGGCGUGGGGGCCUCCCGAGUGAGGGACCUCUUUGACAAGGCCAAGGAGAAGGCUCCUUGUAUUGUUUUCAUCGACGAAAUCGAUGCAGUCGGCCGCCAGCGUGGGGCUGGUCUGGGCGGAGGUAAUGAUGAGCGGGAGCAGACGAUCAACCAGCUACUCUCAGAGAUGGACGGGUUUGAGGGCAACACUGGGGUGAUAGUCCUGAGCGCCACCAACAGGCCAGAUGUGUUGGAUUCUGCAUUGCUCAGGCCGGGGCGCUUUGACAGGCAGGUCACUGUGGACAGGCCUGACCUCAAUGGCCGGAAGGCGAUCCUGAAGGUGCACUCAAAGGGCAAGACUCUAGGGAAGGACGUAGAUCUGGAGAAGGUGUCGCGCCGCACACCAGGCUUCACGGGAGCUGACCUGCAGAACCUCAUGAAUGAGGCAGCGAUUCUGGCAGCGCGGCGGGAACUGAAGGAGAUCACCAAGGAGGAAAUCGCGGACGCACUGGAGCGCAUCAUCGCAGGACCAGAGAAAAAGACAGCUGUGUUCUCAGAUGCCAAGAAGAAACUGAUCGCAUACCAUGAGGCUGGACAUGCUCUGGUGGGUGCGCUGAUGCCCGAGUAUGACCCAGUGACCAAGAUCUCCAUAGUGCCCCGUGGCAGUGCUGGCGGCCUUACUUUCUUUGCACCCAGUGAGGAGCGCCUUGAGAGUGGCCUCUACACUCGCACCUACCUUGAGAACCAGAUGGCAGUCGCCCUGGGGGGCCGCAUUGCUGAGGAACUCAUCUUUGGAGAGGAAAACAUAACAACUGGUGCAUCUAAUGACUUCCAGCAGGUGACCCGCAUAGCCAGGACGAUGGUGUCCCAGCUGGGGUUCAGUGACAAACUGGGCCAGCUGGCCUGGUCCGGGAACAGCGGACCCACCUUUCUGGGCCAGCAGAUGGCCCAGCCUGGAGAGUUCUCCAUGACGACCUCCAACAUCAUCGACACAGAGGUGAAGAGCUUUGUGGAGCGUGCCUACAGGCGAGCCAAGGACCUGAUCCAGAGCAACAUCGACAUCCUGCACAAGACAGCGGCCGUGUUGAUGGAGAAGGAGACCAUCGAUGGGGAGGAAUUCGAGCAGAUCAUAAUGGCUUCCCAGGCGACGCAAUACCUCAAGAAAGAUGCCCCUUCAGUCACCAUCCCAUACCAGGCCUAG